AUGUUGUGUCACGGAUUGUCACGCGCUCUCUGCGUGGUCUCCAGAAAAUCUCAUCGUCCUGCGAAACGACUCAUACCCCCAAUAAUGCUUGUUCCUGUUACUCUCGCUGUGGCUGCCUCGUUCUUCAGCCUUGUUAAUGCUCAAGCUCUUAUCAUCAAUACCCCGACCCCAGCGCCAGGUUGGGGCUUCCUUGAGCGUCUUCUUCGAGCUUAUCCAAUCCUUACCCUUAGCUUUCUCAUCGUGAAUGGCGACGACCGCGCGAACGUCCUCGUCAACUUUGGUCAACUCUCCAACACGUCGAUUACCUGGCAGGUUACCCAGCCCGUCGGAACCAACUGCCUCUUCACCAUUAGGGACAGCACCGGCCUUGUUCAAACUUCUGCCGUAUUCCCCAUCCGCCAGGGCUCUCAUGUGCUUCGCAAAGCCAAGGCAGCACUAGUCAGUCGGGAAGCACCCCCUUCAUCGACUGCACCCCCACCCAGCGGGUCUACGACUGCCCCCCCUCCUAGUGGUUCCCAGUUACCCUCUUCCAGCUCGCCAGCGCCCUCUUCCUCUCGCUCGGCACCCCCAACUGGCGCAGCCACCGCACUCAAUGUCCCUGUUGUCGCCUUUGCUGCCGUCGUUGGUGCAGCGUUCGCUGCUCUUUUCUAA